AUGAGUCUAGAAAAUUUACUGAUUACUGACAGACAAAGUAUUAGAAAAUCCUGGGGUAAAACGGACUUAGACGUAAUUGAAGAUAUUGUAAUUAUCAAAAAGUGGCUGGAAACUCAAAAGCAUCUUCCUGAAACACCAUGUGAUAACAUGAUUGAAUUUUUCUUAACCAAUUGCAAGUAUAGUAUUGAAAAAACGAAACAAAACUUGGACAUGUAUUAUACGGUAAGAGAUUUAAUGCCUCUUAUUUACAAAGGAGUACAUCCUUGCAAACCUGAAAUAGAACCAGCAUAUAAAACAGGAAUGAUUUGUACCCUGCCGAAGUUAACUCAAGAUAUGUACCGGAUAACUAUAUUGAAAUAUAAUGAUAUCAAUCCCGAUGAUUCUGAUAUAGACAAAUUUUGUGCGCAUUUUUUAAACAAUAUUUAUGAAGUUAGAUUGCAUGAAGAUUUGAUUUCAGGAGACAUUUACAUAGCUGAUUAUGAAUUUGUCAAAUUUGGGGUCAUGGCAAAAUUAUCACCGAUAUUGCUUAAGAACGUAGCACAAGUUUUUGAGAAAGUACAAAGUAAUCGCAUGAAAGCCCUGCAUUUGCUCAACCCACCAGGUUACGUCGACAAGAUUAUAACAUUGUUCAAAACUUUUCUUCCAAAAAAAUUACAAGAAAGAAUAUUUAUUCAUAAAACUAUAGAGGAUUUAUGUAGAUGCGUCCCUAGAGAAUUACUACCUUGUGACUAUGGUGGUAAUGAAAAAUCUAUGGCAGAAAUUGAAGAUUUAUGGAAGAAGAAAUUUCACCAAUAUAAGGAUCGGUUUAAUAAAUUAGAGAACAUGAAAGUCGAUGAAUCACUGCGACCGGAAAAAUUAGAAAAUGAUGAAAUUUUGGGAUACCAUGGAAAUUUCAAGAAUAUCAGAGUUGACUAA